AUGCCGGCGGCAAUACCUUGUGACACGAAGACGGAGAUGAAAUUGAAGAUAAAGGACGGCGAUGAUGCUUUCGAGGCGCUGGAACACUACCAAGCUCAGCUAGGCCUCCCCUUGUCACCUCAGGAAGAUCGACGUAUUCUUCGCAAGAUAGACCUCUGCUUGAUCCCGCUCCUCUUCGUCUCCUAUAUUUUUCAAUACCUUGACAAGCAGGCGAUGAGCUAUAGCGCCAUUCUGGGUCUCCGGACUGAUAUGCACCUGAAGGGACAAGAUUAUUCUUGGGCAGCUAGUCUGUUCUACUUUGGGUACCUCUCGGCUUCGGGGGCCGUGGCCUUGUGUAUCAUUCGUUUGCCCGUUGGCCGCUUCAUGUCGGCGGCUAUGGGUCUUUGGGCAGCUAUCCUUUUGUUGACUAUACUUUGUGAAAGUGCGUCCGGCUUGUGGGCCGCACGUUUCUUUUUAGGAUUCGUCGAAGCAAGUAUUGCUCCUUCUAUGAGCAUCAUUAUUUCGAUGUGGUACAAGAGAUCUGAACAGGCUAUUCGUCAGAGUGCGUGGUUCAUGGGCAAUGUGACUGGGGGCCUGGUCGGCGGCCUGUUGGGAUAUGGAGUUGGGCACAUUCAUACUAUGGCAGCAUGGAAGGCGCUUUUCCUCCUCUUUGGUUGCACGACUUUAGCUUGGUCAAUGAUUUGCUACUUUACCAUUCCAGACAGCCCUAUGACGGCAAAGUUUCUUUCAGAAGAGGACCGCGUCAAAGCUGUGGAGCGCGUCCAGGAUAACUUAACCGGUAUUAAAAGCCACCAGGUUAAGCGAUACCAAGUCAUUGAAGCUCUGCUGGAUCCAAAGACCUGGUUCCUUGCUCUGUUCCAAUUCGCACAAAACGUGCCAAAUGGAGGUGUUGGCUCGUUUGCCUCUAUUGUCGUGGAGGGUUUUGGGUUCACCACCCUUGAUACCCUUCUUGUGCAAAUGAUUGCAACUGGAUUCCAGAUGGUUUUUGUCGUGAUAUCCACCCUUGGAAGCACUUAUUUGACAAAUACUCGUACUUACUGGAUGACAUUCAACACGACCAUGGCUCUGAUUGGCACCGUCAUGAUCCGGCAGAUUGACGCCGACCACAUUUGGUCUCGCUUCAUGGGAUAUUGUCUCAUCAUUGGGUUCUCGGCUAAUUUCCCUCUCACUAUGACGAUGAUCACUAGUAACACAGCCGGCUUUACCAAGAAAUCUACUGUCACCGCGGUGGUCUUUGUGGCGUACUGUCUCGGCAACAUUGUCGGCCCUCAGAUAAUGUUUGCGAGGGAAGCACCCAGCUAUCCUUCAGGCUUCGCUGGAAUGCUCGUUUGCUUUGCUUGCUCUGCAAUUUUGAGCAUUUCUCUAAGAUUCUAUUGCAUUUGGGAGAACAGGAAGCGAGACGCUGCUGCCACCGCAGCGAGAGAACACCCUGAGGACAGCGCUUCUAUGCCUUCAGCCUAUUUGAACCUUACAGAUAAGACAGACCGAGAGUUACCCCAGUUCCGCUAUGUAUACUAG